AGCCACAUAAACAUGAGGCUGCGAAAAUCCCCCCCCUUCAACUUCUAAAGCAGCCAUGCCAAAGCCAUUCAAGCUUCUCUGUAUCUCUAAUGGCUUCCACAGCUGCUCCUCAAGCUUCAUAUUUGCUCUUACUCAAAACCCAAAACACCACCAACUCCAAUAAAGACCCACAGCAACUGCUAACAAUAAGAAAGAAAGGUGGGUUUCGUGUUUUCGCAGCAGGACAAGGACCUCGAAAGCGGCAGAGAGCGCCGCCGGGAGUGGACACAAGAAUCCAUUGGGACAACCCAGAUGAAGGGUGGAUCGGAGGAAGUAGCACCAGUACUUCACAGCAACGAUUAAACGCAGAAGAAGAGAAGAAGAAUCUUUUGGGUGACAAGUUUGCUGAUUUGCUCAAAGAUGUUGCUGGUUCUCAUUACCAGUUCUUAGGUGUAUCAGCAGAUGCUGAUUUAGAAGAAAUAAAAUCAGCUUACAGGAGGCUAUCAAAAGAGUACCAUCCAGACACAACUUCACUUCCAUUAAAGUCUGCUUCAGACAAGUUCCUGAAACUACGACAAGUUUACGAUGUACUAAGCGAUGAAGAGAAACGAAAGUUUUAUGAUUGGACACUUGCUCAGGAGGCUGCAAGUCGUCAAGCAGAGAAACUGAGAUUGAAAUUGGAAGACCCUUAUGAGCAAGAUUUGGAUAACUAUGAAUCUGUUCCAGACAUGGUUGAUCGACUUGGAGGAAGAAACAUGGAGCUUAGUGAUCAAGCAAUGUCUGCUCUCACCAUUGAUGUCUUCAUUAUACUUUUCGCAAUUGCUUGUAUCAUUUAUGUUGCCUUCUUUAAAGAACCUUAUUAAUAGCCAGCUUUAUAUGUUGAUAAUGAAGCUCUUCAUUGUACAAGGUUUUUAAUUUUAUAAAAAAUAUUUAUUAAUUAA